AUGCAUUUGGAAGAUUGUGCUCUUUGUAGAAUAUUCACUGUCCUGUUGACGAUUAGAAUAAUGCAUUUCAAGGGCACGAUAAUUACCCCCUCAGGCCAUGAGAGAAAGGCCUACAGCGGAGACAACGAACGAACGAACGCACACUGUCGCAUAUAUAAGGAGAAGUGUCAACCACCAAUUAUCAUUCACUCUCCAGCCAUGUCUCUAAAGGUCGUCGUCCUCGCCUGCGUGGCUGUCGUCGCUCUGUGCGACAAGGCCCCAGUCCAAGACCCCCUCCCCCCCGUCUACACCCCUAGACCUGCAUAUCACGCCCCUGCACCUUACCACGCCCCCGAGCCCGCCUACCACGCCCACGCACACUACGAGCCCGAAUACCCCGAAGUGCCCCCGAAGUACAACUACAACUACGGCGUCGCCGACAGCUACUCCGGCGCCAACUUCGCCGCCUCGGAGUCCCGCGACGAGUGCUGUCAACGGCUUCUUCAUUUUCACUGUGAUUUUAAUAAGCAGAUUCUAUAUCCUAUACAAGAUGUCUUUAUGUCUUUCCUUACAACAAAUAACAAGCGGCUCUGUCCACAGGUCGUCGUCCUCGCCUGCGUGGCUGUCGUCGCUCUGUGCGACAAGGCCCCAGUCCAAGACCCCCUCCCCCCCGUCUACACCCCUAGACCUGCAUAUCACGCCCCUGCACCUUACCACGCCCCCGAGCCCGCCUACCACGCCCACGCACACUACGAGCCCGAAUACCCCGAAGUGCCCCCGAAGUACAACUACAACUACGGCGUCGCCGACAGCUACUCCGGCGCCAACUUCGCCGCUUUGGAUAAGGACAUUCUAUAUUCUAUACAAGAUGUCUUUAUGUCUUUCCUUACAACAAAUAACAAGCAGCUCUGUCCACAGGUCGUCGUCCUCGCCUGCGUGGCUGUCGUCGCUCUGUGCGACAAGGCCCCAGUCCAAGACCCCCUCCCCCCCGUCUACACCCCUAGACCUGCAUAUCACGCCCCUGCACCUUACCACGCCCCCGAGCCCGCCUACCACGCCCACGCACACUACGAGCCCGCAUACCCCGAUGUGCACCCGAAAUACAACUACAACUACGGCGUCGUCGAUGACUACUCCGGCGCCAACUUCGCCGCCUCGGAGUCCCGCGACGUCAUGUCUCUCAAGGUCGUCGUCCUCGCCUGCGUGGCUGUCGUCGCUCUGUGCGACAAGGCCCCAGUCCACGCCCCUCAUCCCCCCGUUUACGCCCCUAGACCUUCCUACCACGCCCCUGCUCCUUACCAUGCUCCCAAGCCCGCCUACCACGCACCUGAGCCCGCCUACCACGCCCCCGAACCUGCCUACAACGCACCUAAGCCCGCCUACCACGCCCCCGAGCCUGCCUACCACGCCGCCGAGCCCGCCUACCACGUUCCCGAGCCCGCCUACCACGCCCCCAAACAGUACGAAGCUGAAUAUGCUGACGUGCACCCGAAGUACAACUACAACUACGGUAUCGCCGACGGUUACUCCGGCGCCAACUUCGCCGCCUCGGAAACUGACGAAAGGAAAAGGACGUAUAAGUUCAAGGACAUGACAAAGUUCGGUUUUCGUAUGCCACUUUCCUGUCACGCCAAGGAAACGGAAACGGUAGUCCAUUGGGCAAGUUCACCUGAGGCCUUACAUACGAGGUGUGAGGAUUGGAGACCUUCACACGGACCAUCUCUAGAGGAAGACCGCGGGUUCAGCUGGCAAUUUGCACGCGAUGGUCUGAGAAUCUUCACCAGGUCCCCCUAUCUGCUUCUGCGCCUGGAGAGCACGCAGUCUCAUGUUGUACAAGUCGUCGUCCUCGCCUGCGUGGCUGUCGUCGUUCUGUGCGACAAGGCCCCAGUCUACGCCCCUCCUCCUCCCGUCCACGCCCCUUUGCCUUACCACGUCCUGGAACCCGCCUACCACGCCCCUGAACCCGCUUAUCACGCCCCCAAACCGCCCUACCACGCCCCCAAGCCCGCCUACCACGCCCCCAAGCCCGCCUACCACGCCCCCGAGCCCGCCUACCACGCCCCCGAGCCCACCUACCACGCCCCCAAGCCCGCCUACCACGCCCCCAAGCCCACCUACCGCGCCCCCAAGCCCGCCUACCACGCCCCCAAGCCCGCCUACCACGCCCCCAAGCCCGCCUACCACGCCCCCGAGCCCGCCUACCACGCCCCCAAGCCCGCCUACCACGCCCCCAAGCCCACCUAUCACGCACCUGAGCCCGCCUACCACGCACCUGAGCCCGCCUACCAAACCCCUGAGCCCGCCUACCACGCCCCCGAGCCCGCCUACCACGCCCCCGAGCCCACCUACCACGCCCCCAAGCCCACCUACCACGCCCCCAAGCCCGCCUACCACGCCCCCAAGCCCGCCUACCACGCCCCCAAGCCCGCCUACCACGCCCCCGAGCCCGCCUACCACGCCCCCAAGCCCGCCUACCACGCCCCCAAGCCCACCUAUCACGCACCUGAGCCCGCCUACCACGCACCUGAGCCCGCCUACCAAACCCCUGAGCCCGCCUACCACGCCCCCGAACCCGCCUACCAAACCCCCGAGCCCGCCUACCACGCCCCCGAGCCCGCCUACCAAACCCCCGAGCCCGCCUACCACGAACCCGAACCCGCAUACCAAACCCCCGAGCCCGCCUACCACGCCCCCGAGCCCGCCUACCACGCCCCCGAGCCCGCCUACCACGCCCCCGAGCCCGCCUACCACGCCCCCGAACACCACGAGCAAGAAUACUCUGAUGUGCCUGCGAAGUACAACUACAACUACGGCGUCGCCGACGGUUACUCCGGCGCCAACUUCGCUGCCUCGGAGUCCCGCGACGAUAUUUUAUGA